UCUCAGCGGGCCUCCCCUCCGCCGGCUCCGGCCUUCUCCUAGAAGCCCUCCUCCUGACAGUGACCCGCCGUCUCUUACCAGGGCCCGCGUCCACUGGUCCGCCAGGCCCCGCCUUUUUUGCGGCCCCCGUUGUGCUGCUGCACCCGACGAGCAGGGUUGACCGUGAACCCCACGUAGACGCGGCCCCGGUGCCGAGGGUUCAGGCAGUAGAGCAGGUAGACGCCGAAGAAGCGCCCGGGCCUCGCCGCGCCCCCUGUGGGGCCCAUCGGAACUUGGGGGUUGAUUGCUCUGGCCUGUGACCCCGGGGAGAGCGGGUUGCCAGGGCCGCAAGAUGCUUGUCUCGGAAAAAGCGCUUGGGGGCAAUCCCGAGGUACCCUAGAGGCCACAGCAAUGCAGGCUCGCGCACCCUCUCCUAGCUGGAGCUAGGGUGUCCAAACCGGGGCACAGAACCCGGGCUGCUGUGCAGGCGGCGGGUACCAAUUAGCGUCCGCAGGGGCCUUAUGCAGACUCUGAUUGGCUGACUGAUGGUAGGUGCAGAAACCGGAGACUGUUGGAAAACUGGGCUUGCAAGAGGGCGGAAGUACUGUGUUUACUGACGCCUUAGUAAGGGCGGAAGUAGAGGCCUCAACGGAAGUGGCGCUAGUAAGGGCGGAAGCAGUGUGGCAGGGGUCCGAGCCGGGGUUCUGUCCCAGCUGAGCUGUCGCCCCCGUUGGGCUGCCACAAUGGAACUCAGCGCGGAGUACCUCCGGGAGAAGCUGCAGCGGGACCUGGAGGCGGAACACGUGGAAGUGGAGGACACGACUCCCAACCGUUGCGCGUCCAGCUUCCGAGUCCUCGUGGUGUCGGCCAAGUUCGAGGGGAAGCCGCUGCUUCAGAGACACCGGCUUGUGAACACUUGCCUAGCAGAAGAGCUCCUGCACAUCCAUGCCUUUGAGCAGAAAACCCUGACUCCAGAGCAGUGGACCCGUGAGCAGCAGAAAUAAGGGACCCGGACCUGCACAUCUAUUAAAUUAUGAGUCAGGCCCA